AUGAGGGGUUUCCUGCUGGCCGGCGUGCUGGUGGCGCUGCUGCUCGCCGCCGGGGAGCUGCAUUGCGCAGCAACAGCGGCACCGGCACCACCAGCAAAGGCAUCCGCGCCACCGCCGCAACACCCAGGAGCGCCACCACAGCACGCACCACCAUCGCCUCCGCGGCGACACCGACCAUCACAUGGACGAGCCCCGCCGGUUCCCAGGAAGCAGGACCCUCCAUCAUCACCACCGCCACCGCCGCUGAAGCAGGACCCUCCGCCUCCAUCGCCGCCGCCGCCGCCGCCUCAGCAGCAGCAGGACCCUCCAUCGCCACCGCCACAGCAGAUCAUACCACCAAUACAGGUCGUGCCACCAAUUCAGGACCCCGACGCGGCGGCACCAGCACAGCCACCCAGGGGCGGCAACCGCUCCGCGGUCUGCACCACCCUCCUCGUGUUCGGGGACUCGACGGUGGACCCUGGCAACAACAACCGCCUGCGGACCACGGCCAAGGCCAACUUCCCGCCCUACGGCGUCAACUUCUACGGCCGCAGGCCCACCGGCCGCUUCACCAACGGCCGGCUGGCCACUGAUAUGCUGGCGGACAAGCUCGGUAUAAUGAGGACCAUCCCGGGCUUCCUUGACCCGACGCUCAAGCUGGGGCAGCUCAGGAAGGGGGUGAGCUUCGCGUCGGCGGGCUCUGGAUACGACGAUAUCACUGCCAACACAUUAAGCGCGUUGCCAUUCCGGAGACAACUGUGGCACUUCUGGCGUUACAAGCAACUGAUCCGAGCCCUGCUCGGACUGAGAAGAGCAGAGCGGAUUGUUAACAGGGCGACCUUCAUCAUAAGUGCUGGUACAAAUGACAUGCUCCUAAACUACAUCGCAUCGAACCGAUCAGCUGGCCCCAUCGCCAUGCUGCGGUAUGAGAACCACCUGAUAGCACGCCUCGGCAACUAUACCCAGGUGAUGAGGAUGCUUGGAGCGAGAAGGUUCGUGUUUGUCGGGCUACCCCCGAUCGGCUGCCUACCGAUCGCAAGAACAUUGCUCGGAAGGGAUCCAGAUGGAUGCGACAGCGACCUAAACCAGCUGGCGGCUUCCUUCAACUCGAGACUGGUUCAGCUGUCGAAUUUCGUCAACUACCAGCCCCGAAUGAAGAGCACCUACAUAGAUACCUACACAAUCAUACGGGCGGCAACAGACAACCCUCAGAAUUACGGGCUGACGGAGGUGUCAAGAGGGUGCUGCGGGUCAGGGAUGAUCGAGGUUGGCCAGACAUGCAGAGGGCGAAGGACAUGCCCGGACCCAAGCAAGUACUUGUACUGGGAUGCUGUCCAUCCGACAGAGACAACAAACCAGCUUAUCACAAGCCUGAUGCUGGACUCCAUUGCCGGAAUCUACAGCUAG